CUUCACCUGAGACAUCUCUUGGCUCUGAUCCGGACGGUGGCGCAGAGCAGCGAUGGUUUGCGGAGGAUUCAUUUGCACCAAGAACGCGCUUUCUGCGCUCAACGUCGUUUAUGUGAUGGUGAGUCUGCUGAUGGUCGGGGUGGCUGCCUGGGGGAAAUGGUUCGGCCUGGUCUCCAGCAUCAGCGUGGUGGCGGCCGUCAUCGGAGUGGGCGUCUUCCUGCUGCUGGUGGCCUUCGUGGGGCUUUGCGGCGCCUUGAAGCACCAGCAGGUUCUGCUUCUUCAGUUCCUCAACCUCCACCAGUACAUGAUGAUCCUGUUUGUAGUGUUUGUGUUGCAGUUCUCCAUCUCCUGCGCCUGCCUGGCUCUCAACUCGGAGCAGCAGAACCAGCUGCUGGAGGUGGGCUGGAACAAGUCCGAGGCGACCCGGGAAGACGUGGAGAGAACUCUGGACUGCUGCGGCUUCUCUUCCGUUAACCAAAGCAGCUCCUGCCCCGCUCGAUGCUUCGCCACCCCGGAGUCCUGCAGCAGCUGCUCACUGAUCCUGCAGCAGUACGCCGGCGAGGUGCUGCGCUUCGUGGGCGGCAUCGGCCUCUUCUUCAGCUUCACCGAGAUUCUUGGCGUGUGGUUGACCCAUAAGUACAGGAACCUGAAGGACCCUCGAUCGAACCCCGGAGCCUUUCUGUAGCCGCUCUGACCCCAGUGACCCCAACAUGCACUGCUGCGAUUCCUGUGGCUCUGUCUGUGGAAAUGUUUGUCUGAAUGUGCCUUUAAUUUGAUUCACUGCAGCGUCUGUUGCGUCCGUCUGACCGCUGUGUGCGGCGUCUCUGCUCUUCUGUCACCAUCAGUCUCUGUUGAAGCUCGUCGUUGUUUUUCUGUUGGACUUUAAAGUGGAAAUGAAGUUCGAUGCACACCGACCCUUUGAGUUGAAAAGAAAAUGAAUUCCUUUCAAAGCAGUGAAAUCAAUUUUCUCUGCAGGUUUUUAAAGUGAUUUGUUGUUUAAAACUGAAGGAAUAAAUGAAGAAUAAAGAUGA